CGUGCACGAAACACUUCUAUCACUGCUGCUGCUGCCACUCCAGGCUGAAUGCAAGCGGAGGGAGAGAGAGAGAGGGAAAGAGGGAAGGAGAGAGGGAGCGCAGAGGCCUUGCCAAAUAAAGCUAUGGGGGCCUGGGCAGUGACGGCCCUUUCUACACUAUAAAUACGCUGUUCUUCUGCCGGUUCGGGUUUGGUGCCUGGAGCUCUGGACCAGUGACUGCACCAGCCCGGAGACUCUCCUCCGCUCUCAGGACCGCCAGUAUGCCCCGGGUGGACGCCGACCUCAAACUGGACUUCAAAGAUGUCCUUUUCAGACCAAAGAGGAGCAGUCUGAAGAGCAGGUCUGAGGUUGACCUGCAGAGGACCUUCACAUUCCGGAACUCAAAGCAGACGUACAAUGGCAUCCCAAUCAUUGCUGCUAACAUGGACACCACCGGCACUUUUGAGAUAGCGCAGGUGCUCAGCAAGCACACGCUCUUCACAGCCAUCCAGAAGCACUACUCCCUAGAGGAGUGGAAGACUUUUGCAGCCAAUCAUCCAGAGUGCCUUGAGCAUGUGGCUGCCAGCUCAGGCAGUGGAGCAGCAGAUCUGGAGAAACUCUGCAGCAUCCUGGAGGCCAUUCCUCUCAUUCAGUACAUCUGCCUGGACGUGGCCAACGGAUACUCCGAACACUUUGUGGAGUUUGUAAAAAGAGUUCGAGAAAGGUUUCCCAAGCACACCAUCAUGGCAGGGAAUGUGGUGACAGGAGAAAUGGUGGAGGAACUCAUCCUGUCUGGAGCUGAUAUUAUUAAAGUGGGCAUUGGGCCAGGCUCAGUGUGCACCACACGCAUUAAGACCGGUGUGGGUUAUCCUCAGCUGAGCGCUGUUAUCGAAUGUGCUGACUCAGCCCAUGGACUGAAAGGACACAUCAUCUCCGAUGGAGGCUGCAGCUGCCCCGGGGAUGUUGCCAAAGCUUUUGGUGCUGGGGCAGAUUUCGUCAUGCUGGGAGGAAUGUUAGCAGGACAUGAUCAAUGCGCUGGUGAAGUCAUUGAGAAAGAUGGAAAGAAGUUUAAGCUGUUUUAUGGCAUGAGUUCAGACACUGCAAUGAAGAAGUACGUCGGAGGGGUUGCAGAGUACAGGGCAUCUGAGGGCAGGACGGUCCAGGUGCCCUACAAAGGUGACGUGGAAAACACCAUCAGGGACAUCUUGGGUGGCUUGCGCUCCACCUGCACAUAUGUAGGAGCUGCCAAACUCAAAGAACUGAGCCGCAGGACGACCUUCAUCAGAGUCACGCAGCAGUCUAGCCACAUGUUCUCCUAAACAUGCAUCGCUGAAAACAUGUAAUUUACCAACACAGAUUCAGCUGUAAAGUAAUACACACAUACUCUUAAAAACAAAGGUUCCAAAAGAGAGUUUUCAUGGUGAUAGCAUAGAAGAACAAUUUUUGUCUCCCCAAAGAACUUUGUAGUGGAAAGUUGUUGUUUUUUCAUAGUGUAAAGAACAUUUUAAAGAUAAAAACCUGGUCAUUAUGACAUAUGACAAUGUAAAUAUUAAGUGUAAGUGAAAUGGUAAGGACUUUUAUGGCACUAUAUAUGCUGGAGGUUGUACAUAUGUCCAUUUAAAAUAUUAGCGAUAUAAUAAGUCCUUGAGUAAGUCCUUGUCCAUGAAAGAGUGGGAACCCUGCUUUAAUAAACAGUUGCCUAAAAGGAUCUUAGCGAAAUUAUAAAUGGUUCUACACUAGUGCUGUAAAACUAUGAAGCCAGAUCAGUCUGAAAAAUAAUAUAUUUAAAAAUAAAAUCUAUACAUUCACAAAACAAUUAACGUUUACAAAAUCCAAUUCAUACAUUUGUAAACACACAAUUCAUAAAUUCACAAGAGAAAACCAUAAAUAUUUUCGAGAAAUUAAUUUGAUUUGCAACUUUUUUUUUGAGUUUACAAUGGUAAAACUGUAAACAAAUGGUAAAUGGUUUGAUUUGCGUAUUUUUUUAAUUGUUUUUAAGUUCCGAAUUAGAUUUGCAUAUUGAAUAAUUUUUUUUUUAAUUUACGAAUUGAAUUUGCGUAUUUCUGAAUAUUUUUUUGAACUUAAAAAUUGUAUUUGCGUAAUUUUGAAUCAGUUUUUAAAUUUACGAAUUGGAUUUGCGUAUUUUUGAAGUGUUAUUUGAAUUUGCGAGUUGAAUUUGCAUAUUUCUGAAUCCUGUUUUGAAUUUCGGAGUUUGAUUUUGCGUAUUGAAUUGAUUUUUUUGAAUUUACGAAUUGGAUUUGUGUCUUUUAUCGUUUUUUUGUAAUUGACAGAUUUGCGUAUUUUGAAAUAGUUUUUCUGAUUUCACGAAUUGGAUUUGCAUAUUUUUUAAUUGGAUUUUGAAUUUACAAAUUGAAUAUGCAUAUUUUAAUUUUUUUUUAAAUGUAUGAAUUGAAUUUGUGUAUUUUUAAAUAAAAUUUUGAACAUACAAAUUGGAUUUUGUAAAUGUGUGUUGUGGAUGGAUAAAUGUUAUUUUGUAAAUGUAUUAUUUUUGAGACUGAUCUGGCUCCAUAUAAAACUCCUCUUUUAGAACCUUUCAUUUUAAGAGCAGUGAUGCACCAAGCUGACAGUCACCCAUCAGGCAACAUCAGUGAGUGUUGAUGGCAAUUGGCUUCCGGGUCAUCAAUGAGAAAUUAAGAAACCAAUACAGCAGACAGAAGGCUAUUCUAAUGUUAUGUCAUCUAAGUACAUGUAGAAAGCGAUCAGCAUUAUAUGCAAAAAUAACAAUCAUUCGACAUGAGGUAACAACAAUCCACUUCAUCACCCGUAUUUUUUUUUUAUCUUUACAUCAACUUGGUGUGUCUUUGCCUUAAGAGUGUACUGCAUAUAAUUAAUCCGGGUGGACUGUCCCUUUAAAUGACAGUCCAGGCAUUUAUGAGAAAAGACAUAUACAUCAACAUAUCCAUUUGUCUUCCAUUUUUUUUUCUUUAGCAUCAUACAUAACACUAUAACAUCGAGGGAGACCCCAUAGAUAACUCUUUUGCUCAGGAAUCUUGCUGCACACCAAUACAUUUCUUUGGAAACCCACUAAAUGUUGCAGCAUGGCUCAGUUUUGUUCAAGUUCUCUAAUGGGUCUGCAUGAGACACAAUAAGGAAGCAUCCUAUAAGCCUCUCGACAGGACAAUAGUGAGGCGAGAUGAUUCAUUCUUUGUAAUUAUGCAACUCCCUCAUGUGAAAGAAAUGCAUGUUUGUGGAGAACUUACACAUUAGCAGUCUCCUCCGCCACGUAUAAGCUAAGCCCCGUGUGCCGUACUGUACGUUUGAGUUGAUUUGAGCAGUGAUUGGUGCAUUGUGUGCUGUUGUGAAGUGUUUCUGCUGGCCUGCUUCCUUUGUGAUUGUACGGUGGGUGCGGUGGGAUGUCAUAUCAGACCAGAGGAAUGUGAAAACUGCUGCACCUCUUUCUACAACAUGCCUUGUGCAGUUUUGAUGAUGAGGUGGAAGUACUUUAUUAAAUGUGUCGAAUAUUAAAUAAGGAUGAAUAAAAAUCUGAACAAAGAUUAA